AUGGACGACGAGUCGCACCGCAUGAUGGUGCAAACGAUGAUGGCUUUUGAGACGUCUCAGAGGCAAGUAAUGAUGACAAUGGCAGCAUUUGACGACGCCGUGGCAGCGGCUUUCUCAAGAUCAUCUCUUCAACAAGAUUUCUGUGGCGGCGCUUCCGGCGCAGGUGGCGGCGCUUCCGGCGCAGGCGGCGGCUCUUUGCUAUUCGAGUCUCGAACUGCUGCGGCGGCAACUGCUGCUGCUCCAUGCGCGCCGCCGCUGAACGGCGAAAGAGAAGAUCUUGGCGACAUUUCGCAGUGGUUACAGGCGGUCAUGAUGGGAGAGUCGCACGGAGUCGCAGGGGGGUUCGCUCCAGGGGGGUUCACAGCCGGUGCUAGUACAGCUGGUGCAGUAGCCGGUGCUACAGCUGGCGCCACAGCCGAAUGUUUCAGAGGCAGUUCUGGCAUGGAGAGAAUGCAGAUGAUGGCGUCUUUUAUGGCCGCUAACUCGGAGGAGGAUGGGGAGGAGGAGGGGGAGGGGGAGGGAGAAGAACGGGCGGGUGAGGAUGAGGAAAACCAGGGGAGGGAAGGGGAGGAGGGAACAGACGACGUGAUGAUGAAGCAGGGAGAUGGUGGGGAGGGAAGGGGGGGUGUGAAGGAGGGGAGAGAGAAUGGACGAGCGGCGGCAUGGAUGGCGGUUGAUGGUCCCAAUGCUGCUGGCCCUCCUGCUGCUGCUGCUUUUGCUGCUGCCGCAUCUGCUUCUGUUGAUGGCGCUGCAGCUGCUGCUGCUGCUGCUGCUGCUGCUGCUGCUGCUGCUGCUGCUGACACUCCUGCUUUUGUUGCAGGGGGGUUUGUGUUUGGGGAGAGAGGGGGCAUGCAAGCAGCCGAUGGUGGUGCUGGCAGUGGUGAUGCCGACAGUGCUGGUGGUGCUGCUGCUGAUGGUGCUGCUGCUGGUGGUGCUGCUCGUGCUGGCAGUGAUGGUGGUGGCGGUGGUGGUGGUGGUCUCACUAACAGUGCUGGUGCCGGCAGUGGUGGGCGGCACAGGCAAGGGCAGCAGGCAAACAUCAAGCCGAGGUCGGUGCGAGAGCGGCGCAGGAGAGAAAGAAUCAGUGAGUCACUGAAGCGGUUGAGAAUGACUGUGCCUUUGGACCUGCUGGGUCCACACCAAGACCUGGGAUCCAUGAUAGAAGGAGCCGUCAACUACAUUGAAGUCAUGCAGAUGAGACUGUCAGAGCUGCAGCAGCGAGUGCUGGAGGGGGAGAUCAGAGCACGCCUCAACAGGUAG